UGCCCCUGCUGGACUCCGUCAUCAAAGAGAUCGUCUCCCUGCUGUUGAGUGAAACGUCCCAGCGCAGCGAGAUCCUCAUUUCCCAGCUUAGCGGGGUCGUGCAGCUCUACCAGCGCGUCAGCACUGACAUCUUCACCAUCGCCAAGUGCUCCCAGAAGCUGGAGCAAUACCAGGACCAGAUGACAGAGCUGCAGGAGCGUGUGGAGUAUGUGCGAGCUCUGAACGAGGUGAUCCGUCAGCACUUCCGCCCACUCAGCCUGGAUGAGGAGAACCUGGAGAACCUGCUCCUGGACACCUGGGAGGCCUUCGUGUACCAGCAGCAGGAGGCCUCGGACUUCAUUGUCUCACGGCGCCUCAGCAUCAUUGCUGAGCUGGUAGACUCGCUGCAGAGAGCCAGACAGGAGCUGCAGGAGUUGCUGACCACGGCCACCACAGGGCAGUUCCUGGACCCCUCCCAGAGCCCGCGUGCAAUGGAGCAAGAGCUGCGAGAGCUGUACCGCCGCUUCCAGGCCAUGGCCACCCGGGUGGCUGAGCUGUGCCGCUCCCAGAGGAUCCUCACAGGCAUGAGAGCAACGGGGCCCCGGCCUGCAUCUGCUGGGGAGACAGAACCCCAGGGCUCCCUACUUGUCCCUGUUACUUCCCUCGCAUCCCCAGGGAAAUGCCCCCGUGACUCCCCUCACCUCCCUGUGUCCCAGGGACUUUGCACUCAGGUCUCCUCCAACCUAGGAGAGAGAGAGCCUGCAAUCAGUAGCGUAGCUAGUGGGCAGACAGACGUCUCCUUCGUAGCCAGGAGCCGGGGGCUCAUUGAAGCCCAUGAGCACGUCUGGAGGCUGCUACGCACCAUCUCCGAGCAGAUCACUGAAUGGAGGUGCCUCGCCUUCAGCAAGUUCAACACCCCCCUGGCCACGGAGAAGAUGGCUGAGUGGCAGAGGGAAGCGUCCCACAUGGAAAAGUCCUUGCCUGCCAAUCACCCCAUCCUGCAGGCCUGUGUGCACAUGAUCACUAGUUUCCAGCAGUUUCUGCCCCUGCUUCAGAAGCUGACCAGCCCACUCAUGAAGAAUAGCUGCUGGAGGGAGUUCUUCACGGCAAUGGGAGUGAAGUGCCCUGUCAACCUGCAGUUCACGCUGGGCCAGCUGCUGUCCUACCCGCUACUGGAGCACAGCGACACCAUCCUCAAGAUCUGGUCAAGUGAGCGAGGCCGUUGCCGCUCCCUGGACAUCCUGCGCCGGCUGCAGAAGGCCUGGGCUGAGAGGCAGUUCCGUUUGGUCAACUUCAUCCUGAGCGUGCCCUACCAGGCCCCACUGCCCGACCGUGCCCGCCGGCCGCCCAGCAGGCGCUACCGCCCACCCAAGCAGGAGUACGUCUCCAAGGACAGCGGCACCUUCGUGCUGGCUGACACAGCAGAACUCAAGGCCCUGACGGAGAAGAGCCUGCUAACCUUGAAGAACAUCAUCCUUUCACCCCACACCAUGGAGCUCCGGGAGGAGGCAGAGAGCUGGACCAGUACCUUGCGUGGAUUUGGAGCCCUGCUGGAUGUCUGGGUCAGUUUCCAGCAGAAGUGGAUUUUUCUGAAUAUAGUGCUGUAUGAGAUGGACAUCAGCCUGCCCAGCAGCGAGCUGGAUUGCCUGUUCCAGAAGCUGGACAGCAGGUUCCGGGAGCUCAUGCAGGUGACAUCCAAGCACCCCCUGGUGCUAUCCAGCAUGAUGCCUACGGCCACCUCCAACCGGGAGAGCCGCUUUAUGGGUGUGCCCCUGCAGACCAUGCUGAGCGAGGGUGUUGAGGACCUGCAGCUCAUCAUCCACGGACUGGAGUACGUGCUGGAGGCUACGCGCAUGGGCUUCCCCCGCCUCUUCUUCCUCAGCAACACAGAGGUGGUGGCUAUGAUGGCCUCACCUGCGGAGCCCAUGGAGGUGACCACCUGGGCCCGCCGCUGCUUCCCAACUGUGCACCAGCUGGCCUUCUGUGAGCCCUCGGCCACUCGAGACCCUGCCACCUAUGCUGUCCUGCUGCCCAUGGCAGAAGCCACGGGCCUGGUGGGAGCCUGUGGGGAGACGGUGCCGUUGUGUUCCCCGUUGCUCCUCAACCAGAAGGUCACUAAAUGGCUGUGUGCCCUGGAGCAGCGCAUGAAGGAGGCCCUCUUCCACCUGCUGCAGGCAUGCAUGGCCCAGCGCCUGGCCCUGCGGCCCCAGCUCGACGUGGCCUUCGAGCACCACCCAGGUCCCACCGAGCUGCCGCUGCACCUGCUGGUGGAGCACUGGGGGCAGCUGGCAACAGGCUUCCCGGCCCAGUGCGUGCUGCUGGCCGAGGAGGCCUUGUGGUUUGCGGAUGUGCAGGAGCGGCUCUUCGGCCCCGUGCGCAGGCCUGGCCUCAAGCUCAAACACCGACUCAAGCUGGAGGCCCUGGCCCACUAUGUCCGGAACUACCGCAGCAGCCAGGCCGGGCAGCCGGGCAGCAGCCAGCUCAGCACGCUGCUGGGGGCCCUGCUCACGGUCACCGUGCGCCAGCGCGACGUGCUGGCCCACCUGCUGCAGCGCAAGGUCGACUCACCCACCGCCUUUGCCUGGGCCCAGCUGCUCAAGUACCGGCUGGUCCUGCACCCCGAGAGUGCCAGGGCAGUCGGGGCCCCCCUUGAGAGCUGGGCCGCCAGCCCCCCCGGCUGCUGGGCCGAGGUCCUCGACAUCCGCCUGCACUAUGGCUAUGAGUAUGUGGGGAACUGCCCCCACCUGGUGGGGGGCCCUCAGCUGGAGAGGAGCUUCCUGGGCUUACUGCUUGCCCUGGAGGAGUUCCGCUGUGGCGCGGCUCUGGGCUGCCACGGGGUCGGGAAGACGGCCACCAUGCAGCACCUGGCCAGGGCUCUGGGGCGCCAGCUCGUCACCCUGCACUGCUCCCAGCAGAUGGGCCUGGGCUGCCUCCGCCAACACCUGAGUGGGGCUGUGCAGGCCGGGGCCUGGCUGCUGCUGGAGGCUGUGGACCAGCUGGGGCCCGGUGUCCUGUCAGGGUUCAGCCAGCUCCUGUCAGACCUGCGGAUGCUCUGCAUGGGCCUGCAGGCGGAGACGGGCCGGGUGAGCCCCAGCCACAGAUCCAAGAGCAGGGACGGGGAGGGGCAGGAGCAGCCGGCAAGGGCCCUGCCGGAGCUGGGCCUGAAUGAAGCUGAGCCGUACCAGCCCCGCGUGCUGGGCAACAUCCUCUUCGGGGAGCGGCUGCUGCGGGUCAGGGAGACCUACGGCUGCCUAGCCACCCUGCAGCGUCUCCCUGAGCUCCUGCGCCUGGCCCUGCGCCCCGUGGCCCUGCUGCCCCCCGACCUGCACCAGGUGGCCGAGGUGACCUUGCUGGCAGCUGGCUUCCGGGAAGCAGCACACCUGGCCAAGAAGCUGAGCUAUUUCUUCUGGCUGGAGGGGGAGCUGGGCCCGGGCCCUGCACCCAGCCGGCUGGCCCUGUUCAAGGGGGUCAUUGAGGCAGCCAUUGGCAUUGUGUAUCCGCCUGUGGUGAGGCCAGAGCCCGAGCCCAAGCCCGGGGAGCAGCUCCCAGCCCAGCAGUCACCCUUUGAGAGCCUGGCGGAGGAGCCUGCCCUCAUCCAAGCUCUCUGCCUCUCGCCCUUCUUGUCUGCCCUGGAGGACCCCCGGCGGAGUAGAGUGUGGGAGCUGCUCCGAGGGGUCUUCCCGGCCUCCUGCUCCCUGGUCCCCGAGGCCCAGGCGUCCCCCAGGCUGCUGAGUGCUGUGACAGCACAGCUGCAUGAGGACAAGCUCCACGCAGACCCCGAGCUCACCAGCACCAUAGUGCAGCUUUGCCAGGCCCUGCUGGGCUCACCGGGGGUCCUGCUGGUGGGGCCCUCUGGCAGCGGCAAGACCACAGCCUGGAAGACCCUGGCUAAGGUGCUGAGCAGGCUGGCUGUGAGUGCGUCCUUGGAGCUGGCGCCAGGAGCGGGCAGGCCAGGCACUCGGAAGGACGUGGCAUACCUGCCCAUCAGCACUGUCUGCCUCUGCCCCAACAGCCUCAGCACCGCUGAAUUCCUGGGCAGGCUUGAGGGAGGCAUCUGGAGGGAGGGCGUUUUCUCCAGGCUCCUGCAGAGAAUGGCUUCCUCAGCCCCUGCGGCUGGGCUGGGCGUGUCAGGCACCCAGCAAUGGCUGGUGCUGGACGGGUUUGCCAGCUCCGAGUGGCUGGAUCCCAUCUCGUCGCUGUUCAGCGCAGAGCCCACUCUCAGCCUGCCAAACGGGCAGCAGCUCCAUCCCCCAGAGGGCGUGAAGUUCCUCUUUGAGCUGCCUGAUGCCUCCAGCAUCUCACCAUCCAUCUCCACACACUGCGCCCUCCUGCACUGUGGGGGCUCGUGUGUCUGGCGAGCACUGCUGGCGUCAUCCCUAGCCCCCAUCUACCACACGUACAGAGUGAGCCAGGAGAGCGUGGUCAUGCUGCGUGGCCUCGCUGAGGAUGUCUUCCCUCCCACGCUCACCUUCCUGCAGCAGCAUUGCAGCUCUGUGCUGCAGCCUCACGCCGACCUGCGCAGCCCCGUGGCCUGGGGCAUCCCAGAGACCACAGCCUUCACCAGGCUCCUGAAGGCUCUGCUGGACCAACACCUGAGCCAUGACAAGGCGAAGGCCCAGCCCCUGAGAAGGGAGGACCAGGCAGGUGAGGGAAAUCCCAGCAGGACCAAUGACCUUGUUCCCCCCUGCUCUUACAGGUUGCCCAUGAAUGCUUGUGACAGGGCCAGUCUGGAACCUGGGCCUACUCGGAGCUCUGCAGCACCUGCCAGGCCCAGGCUGGGGUCUGCUAUCACUAGGCCAGGCCAGGCUGGGGUCCCCUGCCUCUGGGUGACUGACUUUCUCUCCCCAGUGGCUGAGAACAGCGGUGCUGGGGUCUCAGCUGCCCCUUUACACGGGGGCUUGGAUGAAGCUGUCCCACCCCAUCACCACCUGCUUGUCCGCAGCAUCUUCGUGUUUGCCUACAUCUGGGGCUUCAGUGGCCACCUGCACCCCAGACACUGGGCCAUCUUUGACAGCUUUGCCCGUAGAGUCCUGUACAGCAGCAGCUACACCAUAGAGCUGCCUUCAGCCGAUUCUGUCUUUGACCUCUAUCCCCAGCCUGAGGAUGGGAAACUGGAGGUUUUUGAUGGGAAGUAUCUGUCCGGCAGAAUCAAGGCAGUUCCUGAGAGUUUCACCAUCCUGCCCCAGGUACGGCCAGGCCCCAGGGGUCCCCAGGAGCUGCCCCAUCCUGCCCCAGGUACAGUCAGGCCCUGUGAGCUGCCCCCGUCCUCCCCCAGGUAUGUCCAGGUCCCAGGGGUCCCCAGGAGCUGCCUCCUUCUGCCCCAUGUACGGCCAGGUCCCAGUGGUCCCCAUGACAGGUCCUGUCAUGCCCCAGGUAUGGCCAGGCUCUGGAGGUCCCUGUAUGACUGGCCCCCAGGGGGUUCCCGGGAGCUGCCCCGUUCUGCCCUAGAUCCACCCAGGACCAUCACACACUGUAACAUUCCCACUGGCGACAGCCAGAGCUGCUGGAUGCCAGAGGAGAGGUCAGAUGCUAGAGGCACAGAGGGGCAGGUCAAAUCCGCCCCGCUCCCUGCUCGUCACAGCUCCCCUCUGGUCAAGUGCUACACAGUCGCAGGGCCCCCUCCCUGGCACGGUCUCUCUGCUCUGCAGUACGAGCGACUCCUCUACGUGCUGGACCUGCUCCUGGGCUCGAGGCAGCCAGUGCUCCUGGCUGGGGAGCCCAGCUGCGGCAAGUCGUCCUUCGCGGAGCAGCUGAUCCAGCCCAAUCAUUCCUACCAUCGUGUCGCCAUCUCGCCUGCCCUCGGCGCGGACCACGUGCGCCGGCUGCUGGAGAGCCACGUCCUGAGCAGCAUGUGGGACAAGGCCCUGUUCACCGGCCUCCCUGGGUCCCGGCCCCCUGGCGUCAGGGGCGGGAGGAGCUGCUACCUGCUCCUGCUGGAUGACCUGCACGCCGCCGAGCUGAGUGAGCCCCCGCCUCACGUCAGACAGUGCCCUGGGCCGAGCUGGAAAUGGCCACGUAACUUCUGUGGGGCCUGGCUCCUGCUCCUUGGCCCAGACACCGCCUGCCCCUGGGCUCUGCGGGGCCCGGCUCCCGAUCGCUGGAGCCAGACACCCCCUGGCUGGGGCCAGAACCCCCUGCCCCAGGGCUCUGCGGGGCCCGGCUCCCCCUGCCUCCCGAUUGCUGGAGUCGGACACCCCCUGCCCCAGGGCUCUGAGGGGCCCAGCUCCCCAUCGCUGGAGCCAGACAUCCCCUGGCUGGGGCCAGACACCCCCUGCCCCAGGGCUCCAGUUGGCAGUGCAGUGGGGCAGGCAGGCUCCCUGCCCGGCUCCUCACGGCUCCCGGAAGUGGUGACAUAUCCCUUGGCUCCUAGGCACAGGGGCAGCCAUGGGGGCUCCGUGCUGCCUCCCACCUUGAGCGCCACCUCCACAGCUCCCAUUGGUCGGGAACCACCCCUGUGCCUAGGAGCCGAGGGAGACAUCAUCUCUUCUGGGAGCCACCUGAGGUCAGCACUGCCCGGAGCCUGCACCCCAAACCCCCUGCCCCAGCGCUCAGCUCCCUUCUGCACCCAAACUCCCUCCCGCACCCCAGCCACCUGCCUCAGCCCAGAGCCCUGUCUGCACUCUGACCCCCUUUGCCCCGGGCCAGAGCCCGCUCCUACACCCCAAACUCCUCAGUCCCAGGUCCACCCCAGAGCCCGCACCCCCAGCCAGAGCCCUCACCCCCCCGCCCUAGCCAGGAGCCCCUUUCCCCCUCCCCCCGAAUCCCUCAUUUCUGGCCUCACCUUGGAGCUCUCACCCUCUCCCGGAACCCCCUGCCCCAGCCCGGUGGGCUUCCCGGGGCUGUGUGUGUUAGUGCCGUCCUGCCCCUGGCACUUGGCUCCUGUGGGUGGGCUAGACAGGCUGCUCCAAGGCGUGAUGGUCCUUUCUCUCCCAGAUGCCAGGCAGGGGAGUCACCCCGUGGUGGAGACCCUGCGCCAGGCCCUCUCCCACCAGGAGGUCUACGGCGCCGAGAGCCUGGAGCUCCGACACAUCCCUUCAGCAGAGUUCAAUUGCUUUGGCUUGGUGGCUGCCCCAGCGAUUGGCGUGCACCCCCUCUCCCCUCGCUUCACUCGGCUCUGCAGCAUCCUCUCGCUCCCCAGCGUCUCCAGGGAGUCUCUGAUCUGCAUGCACAGCCCCCUGGUCCUGGCCUGGCUGGAGAAGUUCCCGCUGCUGGCCAGGCACAGUGAGCUGGCCACUGCGCUGGUGGGGGCCACUGUGGAUGGGUACGAGGCCGUGAAGGCCAGGUUCCGUCCCUCCCCCGCCUGCUCCCCCUACCUCUUCUCCUACCACCACAUCGAGAAGGUUCUCAGGGGCCUCUUCCUCCUGCGGCCCUGCCCUGGGAUCCACCUCACCAGCCCCUUGGAGGAGCCCAGCACGCCCAAGGCUGCAAAGCGAGGCCAGCCGGGGAUAAGCCUUAGCCUCACGCUGAGCACCCGGGUCAUCGUCCGCCUGUGGCUGCACGAGUCGUUACGCACCUUCUGCGACCCGCUGCUGUCGGAGAGCGAGCGGCAGGAGAGCGGCCAGCUGCUGCUGGACGUGGCUACCAGCACCUUCUGCACCAAGAGGAGCGUGCUGAGGGUGAUCUCCACCAGCGACAGGGAGCCGCAGCAGCGCGAGCGAGCCAGGAGCGUCACGGAGCCUGCCGGGCAAGACACUGACAUGGAGCUGGGAGCUGAGAGCCACGAGGAGCCUUCCUCGCAGAGCAGCAGCGACGGGGACUGCCCAGACGCCUUCGAUCCCAUAGACCAGGCCCCCGCCCUGGCCCUGGACCAGCCGGACACAGCGCCCUCUGGGGACUCUGCCCUGGGCGCACUGGAGCCCGAGGGGGCAGAGGCGACUGGGAUAAGGAGAAUGGCUUCCAUCCAGCCCUCUCCAGCCCUGCGCCCUCGCUUCCAGGAGCAGCACCUGGCCAUGGGGCGCCGCACCAGCACCCGCCGAACCACCCCUCUGAAGAGCAAGCGCAGGCCCUCCACCAAGAAGGAGAACAUCAAGCCCCUGCUGCCCUCCCACCUCCUGCUGCUGCCAGGGGAGGACGUGCGCAACAUCCUCUUCAGCAGGGAGCUGGCGCCGGCCUCCUCCAGCCGGGAGAGCCUCUACCACGAGAGGUGCUGGGACACCAUCCAGCAGCAACUCAGCACCUUCCUCCCCAGGGGCUUUGUGCUGUGCAGAGAAGUCACCCAGCACCUGGUGCGCCUGCUGCGGGUGCUGUGCUGCCCAGAGGGGCACGGUGCCCUCCUCUCCCUGCACCUCUCCACCGGCAGGAGGUCCCUGGUGGCCGUGGCUGCCCAUGCCACUGCCUCCCAGCUCUUUGAGCUGACAGGGCAGGCGGGGGAGUGGGAGGUGAGGGAGCUGAUCAGGAAAGCCAGCUGGCAGGCUGGGAUCCUGAACACGAGAACCGUGGUGCUGGUGCACCAGGGGGUGGGGCCGGGCACCAUGCAGAAGCUGGUGGAUCUGAUGAGAGAGGGCACCUACCCUGGCCUGUACACCGCUGAAGACACUGCACACAUCGUGAAGGAACUGCUGCAGGAGAACCAGAACAUCAAAAGAACGAUGAGGCCUAACAUGGUCCUGCAAAGGUUCUACCAGUUUGUGAGGAACAAUCUGCACAUGCUGCUUCUGCUGGAUGGGCGCAAGGGCUGGGCACAGGGCAGGGGGCCCUUGGGUUACCCCCCAGCCAUGGCCACAGCCCUGCUCACCCUCCCCUGCAGCAUUGACGUGUACCAGCCCUGGAGCCAGGAGUCCCUGGUGCAGGUGGCUACCCAGCACCUGGAAGAUGCCCUCAGCCAACAGCCCCUGAAGAGCCCAGGUGAGGGCUUGGUCUGCCUCUGGGUCUCAGCCUCUCCUGGAUCAUGGCGGCCGUGCAGCUGGCAAAGGGCCAGGCCCAUCUGGGUUUGGCACAGAAUACAGGCACCAAGUGCCUGGCCCUUCGUGCUGGCCAGCUCCAACCCAUGGGCCCGGCUGCCUCUUCUCCACAGUCUCUCAUGGUGUCCACUUGUUUGUCUGUCAGUCCCAGCGUCAUUGCAGGCCCUGGAGAAUUCGCUUGCCAGCAUUGCCUCAGCCAUGGCACUGAUUCACCGCUCUGCCAGCUGCUAUGCCACACACCUGGCCCCCGGCACACCCCUCGUCACCCCAAAGACCUUCCUAGAUUUCCUUGACGCUUUCCUCAUGCUCUCAGCACAGUUGCAGAGGCAGAGCCGGACUCAGGCUGAUCGGAUGAAGCUUGCUCUGACCAAGAUGCAGGCAGUGAGUGAGAAGCAGCGGGAGCACAGCCGGGACAUCAAGUACCUGCAGGAGAAACUUCGCCUGGCCAAGGAGCAAGUGGCCAGGUGCCAGCGGCGGGCGGAGCGCGAAGAGGUGGUGCAGAAGCAGCAGGAGCAGGACUGUCAGCACCGCGAGGCACGCAUCGAGAUCCUUACACAGGAGCAGCACCUGUUGGAGCAGAGCAAGGAGUCUGCCACGAGAAAGAUGAACACGGAGUACAAGGCGGCACUGGCUGGACUGCAGGUGCAGGACAUUGAGGAGUUGCGGAGCUACCGGUUACCCCCAGCAUCCAUCCUCAGGGUGACGGAUACCCUGUGCAUGAUGUUCAGCAAGGACCCUGGCUGGGAGAGUGCCAAGCAGCUGCUGGGCCAAGAGGACUUCUACCAGGAGCUGCUCUUCUACCCGAAGGACGAGCUCCCCAACAACCUGUUCCAGGCUCUGGGCCACGUGGUGUCGGACGAGAGCUUCUGCGCUGCCUCCCUGCAGAGUGUCAGCAAAGCCGCGGCUGCCCUGUGCCAGUGGAUCUGCGCCAUCUACUGGUACCACCGGGCUCUGCGCAUUUGGGAGCCCACCUUGAUGCAGCUGCAGCACUGCAAAUUCCAGAUUCGGGCGGAGAAGGGGCGGCUGGGCGACGGGCGCCUGCAGGCUGAGAAGCUGAAAGAGUUGAGUUCGAGCUGGGGCUUGGAGCUGCUGCAGGCCACCGAGCAUCAGGAGGCCCUGGCCCGCAAACUCAGUCACGUCCUGCAGGAGAAGGAGAAGGCUGACACCGUUGAGAGCUCGGUGGCAAUGCACGUGGCCAACUGGACAGCGGCUGUGAAGCACUUGGAGCAGAACUGCAGCACGGCCCAGGGGGACGCACUCCUUUGUGCAGCCGCUCUCUCCUACAUGGGCGCCUUCCCCCCGCCGCGGCGCCAGGAGCUGCUGGAGAAGUGGCAGGAUAUCUGUGCCAGGCGCCAAAGCUCCCUGGGGCCAGACGACGUGCGGAGGUUGCUGGAGAAGGAGCUGCCCUGUCCUGGCCCAGCCCCCCGGGGUCCAGCCCUGCUGCCUGUGCGCCAGGACUUCAGCUUGCUGGCCCUGCUGAGCUCAGAGAGGGAGCAGCGUGCCUGGGACAGGGACCAGAAGCCUCAGGACUUGGCCGGGCGCCAGGCCGCCCUGCUGCUCCGCACAGACACUCACGCCUGCUCCCGCUGCUGGCCCCUGCUGCUCGACCCUGACCAGCAGGCCCUCACCUGGCUCCUCAUGGCACAGAAAGCGGAUGAGGAUGAGUCCCUGCUCUUCGCCGGCUCGGACACGCUGUCCAGUGCCGAGGAGUCAGGGAGCAAUGAAGAGUCACCUGAGAAAAAUCUCCAGGUGCUGUCGGCUACAGACCCCAGGCUGGAGCACAACCUCCUGGCUGCAGCCAGCACCGGGCUGCCCAUCCUGCUCCUGGACUUCGAGAGGAGCCCCUGCUGCCCGGCUCUCCUGCAGCUCCUGCAGAAGGAGACGCUGCUGGGGGCGGGGGGCUGCACCCUGCACUCCGAAUCGCUCGGGGAGGUGCAGGUGCUGCCCUCGUUCCGGCUCUACCUGAGCACCACCCUGCCGCUCCGUGCCUUGGGGAAAGAGAUGGACCACGCCCUCCUGAAGGGCCUGACGAUGAUUGACUUGAGCCUCAGCCAGUCAGCGCUGGAGGAUCUGCUGCUGGGGGAGGUGCUGCGCGCCGAGAGGCGGGAGGCCCAGACCCACUGGCGCAUGCUACAGCUCAGCAUCCUGCAGUUGGAGGACAAGCUGGAGGACACGGAGGAGGAGUUGCUGGAGCUGAUCUCACAGCCCUCGCGCCCCCUGCUCCAGGCGGAGGACGACUUCCUGCCCCUUGUGCGGCUGCUGCAAACCCAGCUUGAGGCCCUGCACGCCAGCCACCAGCACCUGCUCUCCCUGCGCCAGCAGCACCUGGCCGUGCGGGCCCAGUACCGGCAGGUGGCGUGCCUGGGGGCGGCGCUGCACCAGGCCCUGCAGCAGGUGUGCCGGCUGCACCCCCAGUACCAGUGCUCCACGGCCAGCUGCCUGGCCGUCGCCCGCAGGGCCCUGCUCGCCACCAAGCGCGCCGACGCCUGCAAGCAGGAGGCGCUCGCGGCCCGGCUGGUGGAGCUCAGCAAGGGCCUGUCCCGCCAGCUGCUGGCCCACGCUCAGCCCCGCCUGCAGGAGCCGCACAACCUGCUCCUCAGCUUCCUGGGGGCCCUGGCGCCCCUCCGCCUGGCCGGCCAGCUCAGCCCGCUGGACUGGCUGGGCUUCUGCCAGGGGCUGCAGGCGCCCGCAGCGGAGCAGCUGCUGCAGCCGGCCAGGGCGGCAAGGCCGGGCUGGGUGCGCCCCGCAGCUUGGCGCGAAUGCGGGCUGCUGGAGUGCCUGCCUGGCUUCCAGGGCCUGCGGGCCUCCCUGGCUGCGCAGGCUGCCCAGUGGCAGGAGUACUUCCGCCUGCCCGCCACGGUGGUGGGUCCCGCCCUGAGCCCCAGCCAGGCCCACCUCAGUCUCUUCCAGCGGGCCGUGCUGUGGCGCAUCUUCUGCCCCGAGAAGCUGUGCAGGACGUUCCAUGACCUCUCCACCUGCCUGCUCGGCCGCCCCAUCGCCGAGGACGCCAGCUACAGCGCGGCCACCCUCUACACCUGCAGCCAAACUCGCCUACCCCUGCUCUUCCUCACCCCGCCCUGGGGCUCGCCCGGCGCGGCCACACACCCGCUGCACUGGAUCCGGCAGAUGGCCAAGCAACGGCACUGCCGGGGCGUCGUCGUCGUCUCUUUGGGCUCCCCGCGCUGCAUGCGCCACGUGGGCGAAGCCCUUGGCACCUGCCCCAAGCAGGGCCACUGGCUGGUGCUCAACAACUGCCACCUCCAGGAGCGCUGGCACCCAGAGGUGCUCGCGCAGCUCAGCAAGCUACAGAGCACCCCCGAAGGGGCGGGGAAGGCCCCGGAGCCGCAGCUGUCAGACGUGAAAGGGGACGAGAUCCAUCCCAAGUUCCGCCUCUGGCUCAUCGCUGCAGCUGGUGCCACGGGGCCUGUGCCAGCACUACGGCCGCCUGGCCCAGGCCCGGCUCUACCCCUGGUGAGUGCGGCCAGGCCGCCCCCGCCCCGUCUCCUGGCGCCUACAUUUCCCCAGCUGCCCCAGGGUCUCAGCGCCUGCUGCUGUUCCCCUAGGAGCGAGGCGGAGCUGUUCACGGGCCUGCGGCUGCAGGAGCGGCUGGCCAAGGCGGUGUCCAACCCUGAGGAGGCCAUGCAGGAGCUGGCAGGGUCGAUUCUCUACGGCGGUUACAUCCUGGAUGCUGGGGACGCAGGGGCUGUGCAGAGCUUGAGCCAGCAGUGCUUGGGCAGUGCCUCACACCUGCUGCCCCCCCGGGGGGUGAAGACCCUCCUCACUGCCCUCAUCAGAGGCUCCAACUUGGGUAGGGAAGUGCCCCGGCUGCCAUCUGCCCCCCAGGGGUGCAGGGAGCCCGGGGGCUGGGGCUGGAGGAGUAGGGACACGGGCCCUGGGGGGACGAAGGGGGCUGUGACUGACCGGAGCUUUCUGCCCCCAGCUCUGUCGGAGGAGGACGUGAUCGCAGACACCCGGGCUCGCAUGCAGCAGCUCCCGGCCCCAGCAGACCCAGCCUCCUGUGGGCUGUACGAGGGGCUACAGCAGCAGCUGUUGGAGAGCCAGAGCCGGAGCCUGCUCGCAGACCUGCUGCGGUCCCAGGACUUCUGGCAGCCAAGCCCCCCGCCGAGCACCCAGCAGGAGGCCUUGGGGCAGCUGGUGGAGCAGGGGCUGGAGGUGGUGCAGGCGCUGCAGGACACGCUGCAGCAGCGAGGCUGGGAGGUGGGGGCCAGAGGGCGGCUCCCAGGAGGACGCCCACGGCCAAAGCCCCGGCCCCUGCUUCGCUUCCUGCUGGAGGAGUGUGGCAGCUUCCUGGCCCUGCUGCAGCAAGUGGGCCGGGACCUGCGCUGUGCUCAGGAUCAGCUGCAGGGGCGGCCCUGCCAGUCCCCACGCUGCUCCACCAUCCUGCGGGCACUGGAGCGGGGACGCCUCCCCCGCCCUUGGCUGCCCUACGUGCCCACGGGCCCCCAGGACCCAAGCAGCUGGCUACAGACACUCCAGUGUCGCUGCCAGCUGCUGUGCGGGUACCUGGGGGCGGUGGCUGGCCAGCCUGUGCUGUGCUAUCACCUCUCUGCCUUCCAGUACCCACGGCGCCUCCUGCUGGCACUGCUCCAGGAAGCAGCCCGGGCCGAGAAGCAGGACCUGGACCACUACCACCUGGACCAGCAGGUGCUGCCCGGCUUGCUCCCGCCCAGCUCCCCGCCCGAGAGCGGGCUCUACCUGACCGGCCUGGAGCUGCACAACGCCCUGUGGGACACACGCUCAGCCCUGCUCCAGGAGACGCUCUCGGCCCAGCCCUGCCUGCUGCCCCCCGUCUGGGUGCAGGCUGUGCGGGAGGCCUGGCGCGCUCACAGGCCCAACGCCGCCCUGCCGCAGUACAGCUGCCCCAUCUACCUGGGCCUGCCUCAGCAGCCCGUGCGCUUGAGCAGCCAGCGGGCUCUGACGCACCUGGCGCUGCCCUGCAAGAUGCCUCCCGCCCUGUGUGCCCAGCGCCGAGUGCACAUUGUCAGCACGCUGCCCGGCCUGGGAUAAGCAGAGGAGAGCGCUGGUGUGCGGGACCAGCGUGGCCCCUGGGGGAACAGCAGCCGCACGAGGGCUCGGGUGACCAGCAGGAAUCACAGAGCACGGCUCUGG